CAAAGUGCUGAUCUUAACAGGUGAGGAUAUAGAAAGACAGAGGAAUUUUCAAUCAAAACAUUUCUCCUCAAUCUAUAUGGAAAUUCUAGUAGUGAAGUGUAAGCUUCAUUAAACACAUAAAAAAUGGCAUCUAACUAGACCUUCUAUUUCAUGUCUGUAUUAGUAAAUUAGUCGUUUUUAUUUACAGAUAGGCGAGUAGUAUAAUUUAUUCAUGUAAUUUCUCACAGACUGAUAGAAUUUUUCACUGCGUCUCUUAAUAAUAGCGAUUACUUAAUCAUCUAUCUUGUAAUUAAAUUAAAAUAAAUAGUGUAAUACUGGGCUCUAAUUACUCUUAAAUGCUUUAUUUUUCUGAUUACCUAUUUUAUGCCAUUUAGAAUGAAGAACUAAUUCCUUCUUUUAUAAUUAAGUUGUUUAGAAAUGAUAGAUAAUACUUAUAGUGAACUGUGCAAAUGAAAUUUAAAAGAUAAGAGAUUUUUAAAUUUUUAUUUCCUUACAGACUACGUUGACCCGAUAUAUGUGACAUAGAAUCAUUGUAGAUAAACUGACUAGAUUGAAAACUAUGAAAAAGACGAAUCUCUUUGUGGUUUUGUCGAUUUUUCUACUCGGCAUGUUUCAAGAAACUACUUCAUCCUCUUAUACAUUUAGGAGUAAUAAGGAUAUGUGUGUCAUAUAUGAGCCAGAUUUCACUUAUGCAAAGCAGUUUUGGGAUAUAGAAUUCGAAUUUAAGACUCAAAAAAAAGAUGGUUUCCUUUUGGAGCAUAUUGUUACUUUACACAAUCGAUCUUUAAAUGUUGUUCAUAUAUUGUUAGUCGAAGGUCGAGUGGUGAUGAAACUAUUUGACAUUGGAUCAGCUUCAAAUAAUGUAACGGCGAUAAUCCACAGUGAAGAGGAUGCUUCGUAUGACCAGUGGAAUAAGGUAUUUUACUCGCUAAGCACGCGCGGAAGUAACGUUUUUUUUAAAGUAAACGAAAAACGACGUCAACGUGUAAAAUACAAUGAGAAAUUCCGAAUAUUACAAAAGUGGCAUAAAACAUCCAUUACUAUCGGUGGUAGACGAGGAAUCAGUCACAAAGAUGACAAAAAAUUUGUUGGCUGUAUGAAAAGUCCCAUUUUUAUACAAGAUACGGAAAUUUACGAAGUUAGAAAUAGUGACAGAAAAAAUGUAAAAGCGGGAUGCAUAAAUGCAUGUGAUGACCUUGGCUUUAGAUGCAAUGAUGGAAUCUGUAUAAAUCGUUAUGAUCAUAUAGAAUGUGAUUGUUUUGGAACAAAAUAUUAUGGAGAUACGUGUCAUAUUUCAGAUUCCCCAGCUGUUACUUUGACUAGUCAAGAUUUCUUAUUCAUAAAUUUGACUGAGGAGCGAUUAUUUAAUUUAAUAUCUUUGGAAUUUAAAACAGUAGAAAAGAACGGCGUAAUAUUCCUCGGUUUACUAGACCCAGGAAAUUAUUUAAUAAUUUACUUAUUGAACGGAACGCUCCAGGUAUCUAUUGUUUUUAACGAUGAGUCAAAGGAAGAAGACAAUAACGUAGAACUUGACUGGAAUACUCAUCUAAAUGAUAACCGCUGGCAUAAAAUUACUUUAAAGUAUUCGAAAAAAAGGAUUGACAUUAUUCUAGACGGAGUGGAGGAAUCUAUAGAUUCAAAAAUAGUAGAAAUAAAACAAAUAUAUUAUGGAGCCUCAUUAAAUAAUAUAAAUCAUGCUAAAAUGACUACUAAUUUCACUGGAUGUCUAAAAAAUUACUUUUUUAAUACAUUCAAUCCCUUAUCAAGUGCUGUUCAGAAAAGACCCAGUCAAAUAAAGAAAGGUUGCCAUAUUAAUCAAAAUUCUGUAAAAUUUGUUGAUAAGAAAAGCAGUUUUUCUUAUGGUAACGAAGUUUGGAGCGAUGAUUUGAAAGUAGUUUUUGACAUUAGAACAUUUAGUGAAAACGGAUUGGUACUUUUUAAUCAAUAUAUUCUGGAUUUUGACCAAGGAUUUAUACAACUUUUAAUGCAAAAUGGAAUGCUCUUUUUAGAAAAACAAACUACGUCGGGCGAAAACAUUAGAAAACAGCUUCAUUAUGAUAAAUUAAAUGAUAAUACCUUUCAUGAAGUAACGAUGAUUUUCAGGAAAAAACAAGCUAUGUUGGUCAUUUCGGUUAAAAAAUCUAUUACUUUCUUUAAAUUUAAGAGCGGGGUAAGAUUUCAUGAGAGAGUGCACCUAGGCAAUUGGGCUCAGUCAAGAGGCGGAGAUAGCUUUAUUGGUUGUUUAUCAGCUGUUUCACUGAAUAAAUACAACUUGCAAGAAAAGGACUAUGUUGAUCAAGCAUUUAAACAUUUGGAAAUAGGGAGUUGUAAUUUGGAAAAUAUUUGUUCCAAACAGUCAUGCAUUCAUGGAAAUUGCAUUAGUCUAUUUCAUGCUAUAGAAUGCGAUUGUAGUGGAACGUUUUAUAAUGGAAAAUACUGUCAAUUUUCUCGUUUGAAAAGUUCGUGCCAAGAAUAUGCCGACAUUGGGUUAAAUGAGACAGGAUUUUACUUGAUGGAUCUUGAUAUGAGCAGAGCUCGUUCACACUUAACGACUUUUUGUAAUAUGAAUAACCCAAGUCAGACAGCUAUAAAAGAAGAGUUAGCUUCCGAAUAUUUAGUCGAAAAGGAUCAACCUAUCAAAUUAGAUUAUCGGAAUAUAUCAAUUGCAACCAUUGAAUCUCACAUUAAACAAUUCGGAAGUUGUAAUCAAUCCUUGUUAAUCGAAUGUUCUACUAAUGAUGUGAUAUUACAAGCCGCUAAGAAUUCUCAACCAAGAACAGUCUGCAAAUCUAUACUUCCAGAUGAAGAAGAGAAGACUGAUUAUAUUUCAUUCAAGACAGAAGAUUUACCUUUAACAGAAAUUAUUUUUAAAAAUGUGAAACGACCUCUUCGAAUAUUAGUUGGAGAUUUAGUUUGCCAAACAGAUGAUCGAAUCAUGUCGUUCCCAUCGGCAAAAAGCAAAUAUCUCAAAAGUUUACCGCAAAUUUUCACCACCCUCUCGUUUUAUUUCAAGGCAAACAAUCGUAAAGGAAUCAUUUGGAGAGGCACUCAAAAGAAAACUGAAUGGAUUUUAUCAUUUGAAAAUUCAAGAGUAACUUUAGGUAUAAACUUUAAGGAUGUAAAAAAUCUUACUCUAUCAGUUGAGGCUGAUGGCUCAGUAUUGAAUUUGAGAUGGCACUCGGUAGUCAUUAGUAUGUCAAAAGGCCAGAUAAGAUUGGAAAUUGAUAACCAAUAUAGUUACGGAAAUGUUCCACAUGAUAUGGAGUAA